AUGGUUCACUCAAAAAAGAGAUGCUACGGGUAUGUUAGGUUUAUCGCCCCUAAAAAGUGUACAGCGGCUAUUCGAAUGCUUGCCUACGGGGUAGCGGCGGAUUCGCUUGACGAGUAUGUGCGAAUUAGUGAAAGUACAGCUCGAAUAGCAUUGAUGAAAUUUACGAAGGGGGUUAUCACGAAAUUUGGUGCGGAGUACUUGAGACGGCCUACUCCAGACGAUUUGGCUAGACUACUCAGAUUCGGUGAAGAACGUGGAUUUCCGGGGAUGGGUGGUAGCAUAGAUUGUAUGCAUUGGGAAUGGAAAAAUUGUCCGACUGCAUGGAAAGGACAAUAUUCAAGGAAGAGUGGUGUUGCUACUUUAGUUCUUGAAGCUGUUGCUGAUCGUGACUUAUGGAUAUGGCAUUCUUUCUUCGGGAUACCAGGUUCGUGCAAUGACCUAAAUGUUCUUCACCGAUCUCCUGUGUUUAGGGAUGUUUUAGAAGGUCGAGCACCCCCCCGUGUAGUUUACGGUGAAUGUAACCAAUAUGAUAAGGGUUAUUAUCUCACUGAUGGUAUAUAUCCGAAUUGGGCAACAUUCAUUCAAUCAGUUACAUGUCCUCAAACUCUCAAGGACAAGUUAUUUGCUCAACACCAAGAAGGAGCUCGAAAAGAUGUAGAGAGAGCAUUUGGGGUGCUGCAAUCUCGGUUUGCUAUUGUUCGUAGACCAUCCCUCGCAUGGGAUGAGGAAAUUCUCAAUGACAUCAUGUUGUCUUGCAUUAUCAUGCACAACAUGAUUGUGGAAGAUGAACGAGAUACAUAUGCACACUACGCAGAUGCUACGGAUUCACUACCAACACAAGUAAUAAUGGGACGAAUUUGA